AUGACCUGUUGGAAUGAUUUCCAAAGAAUUGCUCAACUUUUCGAGUCAAAGAAACCAGUGGAAAUCCAAGAAAUUCUGAAUUCUUAUUCUUUGGAACAGAGACGAUUCCUCGUCUCCAUAAAAUACGAACAUUCAUCGCUUCUUUUCACUGCACUUUUCUUUCUUCUUUUCCCCUUUUCUUUCUUCUUUUUCUCUUUUCUUUCUUCUUUUUCUAAUUUAUUUCUUACUCUUUUAGCUUUUCUUUCUUCUUUUUUUCUUUUCCCCUUUUCUUCCUUCUUUUUCUCUUUUCUUUUUUCUUUCUAUUUUGUUUUUUCCUUUUCUUACUUUCUCUCUGUUUCUAAAUUGUUUCUUUCUCUCUCUCUCUCUUCGUUUCUCUUUCUUUCUCUGUUUCUCUCACUCUUUGUUUCUCUCUCUCUCUCUCUCGUUCGCUUUUUCUUUCUUUUAAAAAUUUCUAAUGUUUACUUUGACCAAUUCUUUUCUUUCCGUUUUUUUUUCUUCUGUUUUCUAUAUAUUUUUUCUUUCUUCCUUUUCCCUUUUCUUUCUUCUUUUUCUCUUUUCUUUUUUCUUUUUCUCUUUUCUUUUUUCUUUCUUCCUUUUCCCUUUUCUUUCUUAUUCUCUUUUCUUUCUAUUUUGUUUUGUCUUUUUCUUACUUUCUCUCUGUUUCUCACUUUCUUUCUUUCUCUCUCUCUUCUUUUCUCUUUCUUUCUCUGUUUCUCUCACUCUUUGUUUCUUUCUCUCUCUCUCUCGUUUCUCCCACUCUUUGUUUCUUUCUCUCUCUCUCGUUUCUCUUUCUUUCUCUGUUUCUCUCACUCUUUGUUUCUCUCUCUCUCUAUUUUUGUUUCUAUUUCUUUCAUUCCUUGUUUCUUUCUCUCGUUCGCUUUUUCUUUCUUUGUUUCUCUUUUUCUUUAUUUCAUUCUUUUUCUCUUUAAUGGUUUUUAA